CAAUGUGGCCGGCAUAUGUGAUUUGACUGAUUUGCUCACAAACAUUUUUUGGACUCCAGAUGUUAAGGAUGUUAAGCUCGUCAUUAAUUAUGACUUUCCGACUAAUGUUGAGGAUUAUGUUCAUCGUAUUGGGAGAACAGGGCGUGGUGGUGCCAAAGGCGCUGCUAUAACGUUUUUCACAAUGGAAAAUGCCAAACAGGCUAAAGAUUUAGUGAACAUAUUACGUGAAGCCAAUCAGGAGGUUGAUCCAAAACUUUUAGAAUUUAUGAAGAUCGCUUCUGCGAGUACUACUGCAGGUCGCUCAAGAUAUAAUAAUGGUGGUGGCGGCGGUGGACGCGGAUAUAAUUCUGGAGUUAGUAGUCGUUCUCGGUG